GACCGUCGUCGCACUCUGAACACUCUCCUAAUACACAGCCAUGCAUCACUGACGAAGCAGAUAAAAUCCAAACGCCGUCUUCAAAUUCCUCUCCCUCUGUAUUUUUCAGGAAAAUAAAAUAGAAGAUUGAGAGAGAAGACGGAGAAUUGUUACAUGGUGUAAUCCAGAAUGAAUCUCCAACUCUCAAACCCUCUCAAUUCGGUUCAACUGUCCAACACCUUAUCCCCUUCUAAAACCCUCGCAUUUCACUUCCCUUGCUAUAAACAUGCUUUAAGAAUCAAAUUAAGGUCGGGAAACAACAGCUUCCGCUUCUAUAAACGCAACAGACUCAGAAUUGUUGCUUCCAGUGCUUCAACUUCGGACUCGCUUGUAUCAUCUGGGAACGCGGAAGAGGACGCCGAGUCCAGUCAGCUCUUCGAGAAAUUGAAAGAUGCGGAGAGGCAAAGGAUAAGUAAGUUAGAAGAACUUGAGAGAAAGGCCAAUCUGCAGCUAGAGAGGCAGCUUGUCAUGGCUUCAUGCUGGAGCCGGGCCUUGUUGGCCAUGCGAGGAAAGUUGAAAGGAACAGAAUGGGACCCUGAGACCUCACACAGGAUUCACUUUAGUGAUUUUUGGAAACUUCUUAACUCAAAUAAUGUCCAAUUCAUGGAGUACUCAAAUUAUGGCCAGAAUAUAUCAGUGAUUCUUCCGUAUUACAAAGAUGGGAAAGUGGAUGGAUUAGAAGGAAGUUCCAGGAAGGACAUUGUUUUUCGGCGCCAUGUUGUGGACCGUAUGCCAAUCGAUUGCUGGAAUGAUGUUUGGAAAAAGUUGCAUCAGCAAAUAGCUAAUGUCGAUGUUCAUAAUGUUGACGUUGUACCUGCUGAAAUCUACUCCACUGUGGCAACCGCAGUCGUAUGGGCUAUGAGGCUUGCACUUUCGGUUGCUUUGUAUCUCUGGAUUGAUAACAUGAUGAGACCGAUAUAUGCAAAGCUAAUACCUUGUGAUUUGGGAACUCCUAGCAAAACAAUUAAGCGGCCACUGAGGCGUCGUGCCCUUGGAUCUUUGGGCAAGAGUCGGGCAAAAUUUAUAUCAGCAGAAGAAACUACUGGUGUUACCUUUGAUGAUUUUGCUGGUCAGGAAUACAUCAAAAGAGAACUGCAAGAGAUUGUAAGAAUUUUAAAGAAUGAUGAGGAGUUCCAAGACAAGGGUAUCUACUGCCCAAAAGGUGUCCUCCUUCAUGGUCCUCCUGGAACUGGUAAAACUCUUUUGGCUAAAGCCAUCGCCGGUGAAUCUGGAUUGCCCUUCUUUGCGGCAAAUGGCACUGAUUUUGUGGAGAUGUUUGUAGGCGUGGCAGCAUCUCGUGUCAAGGAUCUUUUUGCUAGUGCCAGAUCAUUUGCUCCUUCGAUAAUUUUUAUUGAUGAGAUUGAUGCCAUUGGUAGCAAACGUGGUGGACCUGAUAUUGGCGGGGGUGGUGCAGAAAGGGAGCAAGGCCUACUUCAGAUUCUCACUGAGUUGGACGGAUUCAAAGAAUCUACUUCACAGGUGUUAGUUAUCGGUGCAACAAAUAGGCUGGACAUUCUUGAUCCUGCUCUACUGAGAAAGGGCCGUUUCGACAAGAUUGUAAGAGUUGGGUUGCCAUCUAAAGAUGGUAGAUUGGCCAUAUUGAAGGUGCAUGCUAGAAAUAAAUUUUUCCGUUCAGAGGAGGAAAAGGAUGAUCUGCUGCAGGAGAUUGUUCAGAUUACAGAAGACUUCACUGGGGCAGAGCUGAUGAAUAUACUAAAUGAAGCUGGAAUUUUGACUGCGAGGAAGGAUUUAGAUUACAUAGGUCGAGAGGAACUUCUAGAGGCAGUGAAGAGGCAAAAAGGCACAUUUGAAACUGGUCAAGAAGAUAGUAGAGAAGUUCCAGAGGAAUUGAAAUUAAGAUUGGCAUACCGAGAAGCAGCAGUUGCUGUUCUGGCCUGCUACUUUCCAGAUCCAUAUCGCCCUUUCACCGAGACUGAGAUAAGUUCCAUCCGCAGCCAGCCAAAUAUGAGCUAUGCAGAAACUUCAGGCAAGGUGUUCUCAAGGAAAUCGGAUUAUGUGAAUUCGAUAGUACGUGCAUGUGCUCCAAGAGUAAUCGAGGAGGAGAUGUUCGGGGUUGACAACAUGUCUUGGGUAUCUGCAAAGGCUACAUUAGAAGCUUCAAGGCUUACAGAAUUUUUGAUUCUGCAAACCGGAAUGACAGCAUUUGGGAAAGCCUUUUACAGGAAUAAUCAUGAUCUUGUGCCAAAUCUUGCAGCUAAGCUGGAAGCACUUCGUGAUGAAUACAUGCGUUUCGCUGUGGGAAAGUGCUUAUCGGUGCUGAGAGAAUAUGGUUCAGCAGUAGAGACUAUCACAGAUGUUUUACUUGAGAAAGGAGAGAUAAAAGCUGCUGAAAUCUGGGACAUAUACAAACGGGCUCCUCGGAUACCCCAGCCUGCUGUGAAUCCGGUUGAUGAAUAUGGAGCCCUAAUUUAUGCUGGACGAUGGGGAAUUCAUGGGAUUACUGUUCCUGGGAGGGUUACAUUUGCCCCUGGAAAUGUUGGAUUUUCAACCUUUGGUGCACCCCGCCCCAUGAGUACCCAAAUUGUUAGUGAUGCCACAUGGAAGCUUAUAGAUGGUGCUUGGGACAAAAGGAUUCAGGAAUUAAGAGAUGAAUCUUCAAUGAAGAUAGAAGAGGAGAAGGAGAAACCUCAACUUUUGCUGGCUAGCCAUUUCCUCUGACAAUGAUGAAUUUUUCUCCCUGAUUUGUUAGCAGGUCAUUCUAGAAAAAUAUUCUAGCGUGGGGGGCACUCCGCUUAUCGCUGGAGUUGGAAUUUUUUUAUCUGACAAAGGUCGAUAGGCAGUGCUACAAUCAAUUAGCCAAUGAAGACUAUGAAAUCACACUAGGGUUUGAAAUUUGAGAAUUCCUUGAAUGCAUGCCCCUGCGGGCGGUGGCAUCAGAAUGGUAGAUUUGUUUUUUGUCGUAUUAAGCUACUGUUAAAAAAAUGUACAUCCUCAGAAUAAGAGAGAAAGCUGGAACAGAUUUGAUUAUAUCUGUUGCAAAUCGUGAGGGUUUGAAUUGAGUCAAUUUUGUAUACUUGAUGUUGUGAAGCUUUCUGAUUUGAGUUAUUCAAACUAUAAACUUGCAAGUUGGUCAGUAGAUCUUGUUUUUGCUGCAA